GACACAGCAGCCUGAGCCGGAGGUGCUCGGGGCGCCAUUUCUGCCUGUUGGGGCCCCUGAGCCCCGGCCGUAGACAGAGGGCCGCUGACCUCCCGCUCUUCCGUGGUCUCCAGCAUGGGCUUCGCCAGGCAGAUCAGGCUUCUGCUCUGGAAGAACUGGACCCUGCGCAAAAGGCAAAAGAUUCGCUUUGUAGUGGAACUCGUGUGGCCUUUAUCUUUAUUUCUGGUCUUGAUCUGGUUAAGGAAUGUCAACCCGCUCUACAGCCAACACGAAUGCCAUUUUCCCAACAAGGCGAUGCCCUCAGCAGGAAUGCUGCCAUGGCUCCAAGGAAUUUUCUGCAAUGUGAACAAUCCUUGUUUUCAAAGUCCCACCCCAGGAGAAUCUCCUGGAAUUGUGUCAAACUAUAAUAACUCCAUCUUGGCAAGGGUAUAUCGAGAUCUUCAAGAACUCCUCAUAGAAGCACCAGAGAGCCAGCACCUCGGCCAGGUUUGGACAGAACUCCGCACCUUGUCCCAACUCAUGAACACCCUCCGGACGCACCCUGAGAGGAUUGCAGGACGAGGAAUACGGAUUCGGGAUGUCCUGAAAGACGAGGAGACCCUGACGCUAUUUCUCACGAAGAACAUCGGCCUGUCCGACUCGGUUAUCGACCUUCUCAUCAACUCCCAAGUCCAUCCAGAGCAGUUUGCUCACGGAGUCCCAGACCUGAUGCUGAGGGACAUCGCCUGCAGCGAGGCCCUCCUGGAGCGCUUCCUGACCUUCCCGCAGCGCCGCGGGGUGCCAGCAGUGCGAGAGGCCUUGUGCCCCCUCUCCCAGGGGGCCCUGCAGUGGAUAGAAGACACUCUGUACGCCAACGUGGACGUCUUCAAGCUCUUCCGUGUGCUUCCCAGACUCGUAGAUGGCGGUUCUCAGGGUGUCGAUCUGAGGUCCUGGGGAAGAAUAUUAUCUGAUAUGUCACCAAGAAUUCAAGAAUUUAUCCACCGGCCGAGCGUUCAAGACUUGCUGUGGGUGACCAGGCCGCUCGUGCAGACUGGCGGUCCAGAGACCUUUACCCAGCUGAUGGACAGCCUGUCUGACCUGCUGUGUGGCUACCCAGAGGGAGGAGGCUCUCGGGUGUUCUCCUUCAACUGGUACGAAGACAAUAACUAUAAGGCCUUCCUGGGGAUUGACUCCACAAGGAAAGAGUCAGUCUAUUCUUACGACAAAAGAACAACGACCUUUUGUAACGCGUUGAUCCAGCGCCUGGAGUCAAACCCUCUCACCAAAAUAGCCUGGAGGGCAGCAAAGCCUUUGCUGAUGGGAAAAAUCCUCUUUACGCCAGAUUCCCCCGCAACACGCAGGAUCCUAAAGAACGCCAAUUCGACCUUUGAAGAGCUGGAGCGGGUCAGGACAUUGGUCAGAGCCUGGGAAGAAGUAGGGCCCCAGAUCUGGUACUUCUUUGACAAAAGCACACCAAUGGCCAUGAUCAGAGACUCCCUGGAGAACCCGACGGUAAAAGCCGCUUUCAACAGGCAAUUUGGCGAGGGAGGUAUUACUGCCGAAGCCAUACUGAGCUUCCUCUACAGGGGUCCUCGAGAGGGCCGGGCUGACGAUGUGGCCAGCUUCGACUGGAGGGAUGUGUUUAACACCACCGAUCGCACCCUGCGCCUGGCCAAUCAGUACCUGGAGUGCCUGAUCCUGGAUAAGUUUGAAGGCUACGAUGAUGAAUUUCAGCUCAUCCAACGAGCUCUGUCUCUGCUGGAGGAAAACAGGUUCUGGGCUGGCGUGGUAUUCCCUGACCUGUAUCCUUGGACCAGCUCCCUGCCACCCCACGUGAGGUACAAGAUCCGAAUGGACAUAGAUGUGGUGGAGAAAACCAACAAGAUCAAAGACAGGUACUGGGAUUCUGGCCCCAGAGCCGACCCCGUGGAAGACUUCCGCUACAUCUGGGGAGGCUUUGCCUACCUGCAGGACAUGGUUGAACAGGGGAUCACAAGGAGCCAGGCCCAGGCCGAGGUGCCCGUCGGCAUCUAUCUCCAGCAGAUGCCUUACCCCUGCUUCGUGGAUGAUGCGUUUAUGAUCAUCCUGAACCGCUGUUUCCCUGUCUUCAUGGUGCUGGCCUGGAUCUACUCCGUCUCCAUGACCGUAAAGAGCAUCGUCUUGGAGAAGGAGUUGAGACUGAAGGAGACCUUGAAAAACCAGGGUGUCUCCAAUGCCGUGAUUUGGUGUGCCUGGUUCCUGGACAGCUUUUCUAUCAUGUCGAUGAGCAUCUGCCUCCUGACACUCUUCAUCAUGCAUGGAAGGAUCCUACAUUACAGCAAUCCGUUCAUCCUCUUCCUGUUCCUGUUGGCUUUCUCCACUGCUACGAUCAUGCAGUGCUUCCUGCUCAGCACCUGCUUCUCCAGGGCCAACCUUGCAGCAGCCUGUGGUGGCGUCAUCUACUUCACCCUCUACCUGCCCCACAUUCUCUGCUUCGCCUGGCAGGACCGGAUGUCUGCCGACCUGAAGAUGGCUGUGAGCCUGUUAUCACCCGUGGCGUUUGGAUUUGGCACCGAGUACCUGGUUCGCUUUGAGGAGCAAGGCCUGGGGCUGCAGUGGAGCAACAUCGGGAAUAGUCCCAUGGAAGGGGAUGAAUUCAGUUUUCUCAUGUCCAUGAAGAUGAUGCUUCUUGAUGCUGCUCUGUAUGGCUUGCUUGCCUGGUAUCUUGACCAUGUUUUUCCAGGGGACUAUGGAACUCCACUUCCUUGGUACUUUCUUUUACAAGAGUCUUACUGGCUUGGUGGUGAAGGGUGUUCGACCCGAGAAGAAAGGGCGCUGGAGAAGACAGAACCUGUGACGGAGGAGAUGGAGGACCCCGAGCACCCGGAGGGAAUAAAUGAGUGCUUCUUCGAGCGUGAGCUCCCAGGCUUGGUCCCCGGGGUGUGCGUGAAGAAUCUGGUAAAGACUUUUGAGCCCUAUGGCCGGCCGGCCGUGGACCGCCUGAACAUCACCUUCUAUGAAAACCAGAUCACCGCCCUCCUCGGCCACAACGGAGCAGGGAAAACUACCACCUUGUCCAUCAUGACAGGUCUGUUGCCACCGACAUCCGGGACCGUGCUCGUUGGGGGAAAGGACGUCGAAACCAGCCUGGAUGCCGUCCGGCAGAGCCUGGGCUUGUGUCCACAGCACAACAUCCUGUUCCACCACCUCACCGUGGCCGAGCACAUCCUGUUCUACGCCCAGCUGAAAGGGAAGUCCUGGGAGGAGGCCCAGCUGGAGAUGGAAGCCAUGCUGGAGGACACAGGCCUCCACCACAAGAGGAACGAAGAAGCGCAGCAUCUGUCAGGUGGCAUGCAGAGGAAGCUGUCGGUUGCCAUUGCCUUCGUGGGAGAUGCCAAGGUGGUGGUUCUGGAUGAGCCCACCUCCGGGGUGGACCCCUACUCGAGGCGCUCAAUCUGGGACCUGCUCCUGAAGUAUCGCCCAGGCAGAACCAUCAUCAUGUCCACUCACCACAUGGACGAGGCCGACCUCCUCGGGGAUCGAAUCGCCAUCCUUGCCCAGGGGCGGCUCUACUGCGCCGGCACCCCGCUCUUCCUCAAGAGCUGCUUUGGCACCGGCUUCUACUUGACCUUGGUGCGCAAGACGAAGACCGUCCAGAGCCACGGCAGAGGCUGCGCGGGGACCUGCAGCUGUGCGUCUAAGGGCGUCUCCGGCAGGUGUCCAGCCUGUGUCAAUGAGAUGACUCCAGAGCAAGUCUUGGACGGGGACGUGAGCGAGCUGGUGGAUGUGGUCCAACACCACGUUCCGGAGGCGAAGCUGGUGGAGUGCAUUGGUCAAGAGCUUAUCUUCCUUCUUCCGAGUAAGAAUUUCAAGCAGAGAGCCUAUGCCAGCCUUUUCAGGGAGCUGGAGGAGACGCUGGCUGACCUGGGGCUCAGCAGCUUUGGCAUUUCCGACACUCCCCUGGAAGAGAUUUUUCUGAAGGUCACGGGGGAUUCUGGCCCAGGACCUCUGUUUGCAGGCAGCACUCGGCAGAACAAAGAAGACGUCAGCCUCCGACACCCCUGCUCGGGUCCUCGUGGGAAAGCGAUACAGACUCCCCAGGGCACCGACGGCGGCUGCCCGGAGCCGGCUCCUCCCCUGGGGGGCCAGGGGCACAGCCGGCUCAACACGGGAGCGUGGCUGGUGGCCCAGCACGUGCAGGCGCUGCUAGUCAAGCGGUUCCACCACACCGUCCGCAGCCGCAGGGACUUCCUGGCGCAGAUUGUGCUUCCGGCCACUUUUGUGUGUUUGGCUCUCAUGCUCUCCAUCAUCAUCCCGCCUUUCGGUGACUAUCCUGCUCUGACCCUUCACCCCUGGAUGUAUGGGCAGCAGUACACCUUCUUCAGCAUGGACCAGCCGGACAGUGAGCUGCUCGCGACACUGGCAGACGUCCUCGUGAACAAACCAGGCUUUGGCAACCGCUGCCUGAAAGAAGAGUGGCUUCCGGAGUUCCCCUGUGGCAAUUCAACCCCCUGGAAGACUCCCUCUGUGUCCCCGGACGUCACCCACCUGCUCCAGAAGCAGAAGUGGACAGCAGACCAGCCCUCGCCGGCCUGCAGGUGCAGCACCAGAGAGAAGCUCACCAUGCUCCCUGAGUGCCCCGAGGGCGCAGGGGGGCUCCCGCCCCCGCAGAGGACUCAGCGCAGCACCGAAAUUCUGCAAGACCUCACCGGCAGGAACAUCUCCGACUUCUUGGUAAAAACGUAUCCUGCUCUUAUACGAAGCAGCUUGAAGAGUAAAUUCUGGGUCAAUGAACAGAGGUACGGAGGAAUUUCCAUCGGAGGAAAGCUGCCGCCUCCCCCCAUCACUGCGGAAGCACUGGUUGAGUUUUUAAGCGACCUUGGCCAGUUAAUGAACGUGAGCGCGGGCCCUUUCACCAGAGAAGCCUCUGCAGAAAUGUCUGCUUUCCUUAAACAUCUAGAAACUGAAGACAACAUUAAGGUGUGGUUUAACAACAAAGGCUGGCAUGCCCUGGUCAGCUUCCUCAACGUGGCCCACAACGCCGUCUUGCGGGCCAGCCUGCGCGAGGCCAGCAGCCCCGAGGAGCACGGCAUCACCGUCAUAAGCCAGCCCCUGAACCUGACCAAGGAGCAGCUCUCCGAGAUCACAGUGCUGACCACUUCAGUGGACGCUGCGGUGGCCAUCUGCGUGAUUUUUGCCAUGUCCUUCAUCCCUGCCAGCUUUGUCCUUUAUUUGAUCCAGGAGAGGGUGAGCAAAGCCAAGCACCUCCAGUUUGUCAGCGGAGUGAGCCCCACCACCUAUUGGCUGACCAGCUUCCUCUGGGACAUGAUGAAUUACACUGUGAGCGCCGCGCUGGUGGUGAGCAUCUUCGUCGGGUUUCAGAAGAAAGCCUACACAUCCCCGGACAAUCUUCCCGCCCUGGUUGCUCUGCUCCUGCUGUACGGGUGGGCGGUCAUCCCCAUGAUGUACCCAGCGUCCUUCCUCUUUGACGUCCCCAGCACAGCCUAUGUGGCCUUAGCUUGUGCUAAUCUGUUCAUCGGCAUCAACAGCAGUGCCAUCACCUUCAUCUUGGAAUUAUUUGAGAAUAACCAGACACUGCUCAGGUUCAAUGCCAUGCUGAGGAAGCUGCUCAUCAUCUUCCCCCACUUCUGCCUGGGCCGGGGCCUCAUUGACCUGGCGCUGAGCCAGGCUGUGACAGACGUCUAUGCCCGGUUUGGUGAGGAGCACUCCUCCAGUCCCUUCCAGUGGGACCUGAUCGGGAAGAACCUGGCUGCCAUGGCAGCAGAAGGGGUGGCAUACUUCCUCCUGACCCUCCUCAUCCAGCACCAGUUCUUCUUCCGCCGAUGGACGACAGAGCCGGCCACGGAGCCCAUCGACAAUGAAGAUGAGGAUGUGGCUGAAGAAAGACAAAGAAUUAUCGGUGGGGGAACUAAAACUGAUAUCUUAAGGCUAAAUGAACUAACCAAGAUCUACCCAGGCGCGUCCAGCCCGGCGGUGGACAGGCUGUGCGUGGGAGUCCGGCCCGGAGAGUGCUUUGGCCUCCUGGGAGUGAACGGAGCUGGCAAAACGACCACGUUCAAGAUGCUCACUGGGGACACCACAGUGACCUCAGGAGAUGCCACCGUAGCAGGCAAGAGUAUUUUAACCAAUAUUGCUGACGUCCACCAAAGCAUGGGCUACUGUCCGCAGUUUGAUGCCAUCGACGACCUGCUCACAGGGCGAGAGCACCUCCACCUUUACGCACGGCUUCGGGGUGUGCCAGCCGAGGAAAUCAAGAGGGUGACAGACUGGAGUAUUCAGAGCCUGGGCCUGUCCCUCUACGCAGACUGCCUGGCCGGCACCUACAGCGGAGGCAAUAAGCGGAAACUCUCCACAGCCAUCGCGCUGAUAGGCUGCCCGCCGCUCCUGCUGCUGGACGAGCCCACCACGGGCAUGGACCCCCAGGCUCGCCGCAUGCUGUGGAAUGCCAUCAUGGGCAUCAUCAGAGAAGGGAGAGCUGUGGUCCUCACCUCCCACAGCAUGGAGGAGUGCGAGGCCCUGUGCACCCGGCUGGCCAUCAUGGUGAAGGGCGCCUUCCAGUGUCUGGGCACCAUUCAGCACCUCAAGUACAAGUUUGGAGACGGCUACAUCGUCACGAUGAAAAUCAAGUCGCCGAAGGACGACCUGCUUCCCGACCUGGGCGCCGUGGAGCAGUUCUUCCGGGGGAGCUUCCCGGGCAGCGUGCUGCGGGAGCGGCACCACAACAUGCUCCAGUUCCAGGUCGCCUCCGCCUCCCUGGCCAGGAUCUUCCGGCUGCUGGUCUCGCACAAGGACAGCCUGCUCGUCGAGGAGUACUCGGUCACGCAGACCACGCUGGACCAGGUGUUUGUGAACUUUGCUAAACAGCAGACUGAAAUGACACACGACUUCCCUCUGCACCCGCGAGCGGCUGGAGCCAGCCGACAGGCCAAGGAAGUGGACAAAGGCAAUCCCGCACCUCAGAGAUGACCUGAAUGACGACUGUGGGGCUUUUAAGGCAGAGCAUGAUAACUUUCUUAGGCACAGUCACAGCCAUUGGACACGGCACAGAGGGCGUAGAUGCCCUCUAAGAUGCCAGCAGGUGUGCACACAGGGGCCCAUGCCCCCUUUAAAACCUCGGGGCUGGAGAGUCAGAGCACCCACGGGAUCAUCUGGCCCAACCUUUUCGCAGACAAGGAAACAAGCAUAGCCCGUAAGCUUAGGUGACCAGCGCCCUCUGCUGAGCUUCCUUCAGAGCUUGAUUGACAGCCGUUGAACCUCUAGUCUCAAAGCCGUCCUGCUAUCGCUUCAGCAAACGGAGAUGAGGACUGUUCAGCUGCUCGCCUUCCACAGUGCUUGACCGCUGCAGCGGAGAGGAGCCCCGGGCAGCUGGCACGGCCGGCACCUUUGCCCCAUGCUCAUCUGCUGGGAUCGGCCAACAUAAGUGAUCCCUCGGCAUCAGAAACAAACGCAUGUGGGGUACACAGCGAACUCCAGACGGGCUCUUUUGGAAGGAAACCAGGACUCGCUGGCCUGGAACAUCUGGGGGUGAAACUGACCCAGCCAGCUGAGCACAAACCCCUCUCAUCUGCAGAAGUAGAAAUCUCGCUUCAUCUCCUGGAGGCUGUGGCCUCACACUGCCCUCAUUUCACGUGGAUCUGCUGUUUUCUGUGUGUGUUUUAUCUUUAAUGUGUAAGUAAAACGCAAGCUGCUGAUCCCA